UUCAUUUUCUGGAACAAUGCGCGUAUUCAACUGGUUUAUUACUUGGGGAACAGCUUAACGAAGACUUACCAUACAAUAAUUUCUUGGAAUACUAUGGGCCAAAUUACAAAUUGGAUGUCCCUGCUAAUAAUAUGGAGAAUAUGAACACUCCUGCCUACUUGGCUGAUAUGAAAGCAAAAGUAUUUGAAAAUCUGCGGAACAUUCCUUUUGCACCUAGUGUUCAAAUUCAUC